AUGGCACGCAAUAGAGGGGGAGGGCCUGGCGGUAGGGACGGCUCCUUGGAAGGCUUCCUUCGGACGUUGCGAGGCCUCCCACGGGAAACGGGGGGCACGGAAAGGGCGGCCCCCAUGAGCGCAUCGCCCCCUCCAUACGCCGAAGGGGCCGCCCACCAGAACAAGAGAAAAAACCAAACCAGCGGGAGCGCCGACGACGAGACGCCGCGGGAGGGAACCGGGACGGACCCGCCCCCAAACUUAGAAGGGCCCCCUGGGACGGGGAUGGGCGUGGGGGUCGAAAGCCCUCUUUUGGGAAAGAGGGGCCGAAAGCGCGGCAGGGAGGGGCGCCUUCAGGGAGCCUAG